AGCCUCUAGAAGUUUUCCCCUCUCUAUUAAUUAGGAAAAGCCCCGUCCCCUUUCCUAUCGGUUACUGCAUUCUUCGUUGCCUGCGAGCAUCGAUCGGCUUAUCUGACGUCUAAAUAUUUACACAGAGUGAGUGCCCUUGUUUGAUAUCGUUUAUUUUCAUUGCUCAGACUUCUUGUUAGCGAAAGAUUUCUUUGCCAGAAUACUGCAAUGGCGGAUGAUUUUGAACUUCCUGAUGCUGGAGAACUGGAGAACGAUGAAUUUGGAGGAGCAGAUACCAUUUUGAAGGUUGGCGAAGAGAAAGAAAUCAGCAAAGAGGGUUUAAAGAAAUUGCUUGUUAAAGAAGGACAAGGCUGGGAGACCCCUGAGUCCGGCGAUGAAGUCGAAGUUCAUUACACCGGUACUCUCUUGGAUGGCACUAAGUUUGAUUCGAGCGUGGACCGGGGGACCCCAUUCAAAUUCAAGCUCGGUCAAGGUCAAGUGAUAAAAGGAUGGGAUCUAGGGAUUGCAACAAUGAAGAAGGGUGAAAAUGCAGUCUUCACUAUUCCGUCCCAGCUUGCAUACGGAGAAUCUGGUUCUCCGCCUACAAUUCCCCCCAAUGCCACUUUAAAAUUUGAUGUGGAACUUCUUUCUUGGUCCAGUGUGAAAGAUAUCUGCAAAGAUGGAGGCAUUUUCAAGAAAAUUAUAAAGGAAGGGGAGAAGUGGGAGAACCCCAAAGAAGCUGAUGAAGUAACAGUUAAAUAUGAAGUUAGACUGGAGGAUGGAACUGUUGUCUCCAAAUCAGAGGAGGGUGUGGAGUUCUAUGUAAAGGACGGUUACUUCUGUCCUGCUUUUGCGAAAGCUGUUAAAACAAUGAAAAAGAGUGAAAAGGUUGUUUUAACUGUGAAGCCCCAGUAUGGCUUUGGAGAUAAAGGGCGUGAAGCAAUUGGAGAUGAUCAUGCUAUCCCACCAAAUGCAACACUGAUUGUUGAUCUUGAGCUUGUCUCAUGGAAAGUGGUUGAAGAGGUUACUGAUGAUAAGAAGGUGCUAAAGAAAAUUCUGAAACAAGGAGAAGGCUAUGAACGACCAAAUGAUGGGGCAGUUGUGAAAGUCAAAUAUGUGGGGAAAUUGGAGGAUGGAACUAUAUUCGAUAAGAAAGGAUCUGACGAAGAGCCAUUUGAGUUUAUGACUGGCGAAGAGCAAGUUAUCGAUGGUUUGGACAGAGCAAUCAUGAACAUGAAGAAAGGAGAAGUCGCAUUGGUAACUAUAGCGCCUGAGUAUGGUUAUGGAACAGAGGUGAAGACAGAUUUGGCAGUGGUUCCACCACAAUCUACUCUCUUAUUCGAAAUUGAACUGGUUUCGUUUGUGAAGGAAAAAGAAUCUUGGGAUAUGAAAACCCCGGAAAAAAUAGAGGCUGCUGGAAAGAAGAAGGAAGAAGGAAAUGCACUAUUCAAGAUUGGCAAGUACUGGAGAGCCUCUAAAAAAUAUGAAAAGGCUGCAAAAUACAUUGAAUAUGAUAGCUCAUUUACCGAGGAAGAGAAAAAACAGUCAAAACCUUUAAAGGUUACGUGUAAUCUGAACAAUGCAGCUUGUAAGCUUAAAUUGAAGGAUUAUAAGCAAGCAAUAUCCUUAUGUACAAAGGUUCUAGAAGUUGAAUCUCAAAAUGUCAAAGCUUUAUACAGAAGGGCACAGGCAUACAUACAAACAGCAGAUUUGGAGCUUGCAGAGAACGAUAUAAAGAAGGCACUUGAAAUUGAUCCAAACAACAGGGAUGUGAAGCUGGAGUAUAGGACUCUCAAAGAGAGACAAAAGGAAUAUAACAAGAAAGAAGCCAAAUUUUAUGGUAAUAUGUUUGUAAGAAUGAGCAAGUUGGAGGAACUAGAAGCGAAGAAAUCUGAUGUUCAACCAAUGGAGACUGAUAAAGAGGCAGAGGAGAACAGCGAGGCAGGAGACAAUUGAUGCAUUGUGGCUCUGAAGUAUUUUUAUUUAAAUUUAUAGUCCCAGAUUACUUCUGCAUUUUCAAGUGGUACUGCAAAUCAAACUUUAAGGUUUGGUGCAUAUGUCACUAUGCUAGGCAUUUGAAUUUGUGAUAAGAGUCUAGGCUGGCAGAAAAAUUGUAGAAGGUUCAUGGUUUGGUAACCAGCUUUGAACCAGAGAGGCCGUAAUGUUUGUUUAUCAAAGUAAUUGAUUUAUACUUCAUGCUAGUCUGGUAUUGUGUUAUGUUUUGAUAUGAAAUUGGAUAUAUUAAUUGCACACAUAUUUUAGAGUUUGA